UAAGGGCACCUCAUCUCUCGGUUGCCAACAAGGAAGGCGUCGAGAGAGAGAGAGAGAGAAUGGCGUCCAUAUUUCCAAUGGAGCUUUUCGGCAGCCAUCUGAACGUACGACCCGGGGUGUUCAUAGGGUAUUGGAAGAAAGAGGAAGCAAACAACAUCUACAGCUUCACGCUGUACCCAAGGGCGCUUGAUAUCUCAGGGAGCGACGAGCCAGAUGUUUGGAGGUGGUCGUGGUCAGAAAGUGAUCCGAGAAUCGAAGUCGAAGUGGCUGAGCUAUUGGUUGGACAUGACCUAGUGGUGAAUGGAAUUUUCGAGAUGAGCCACCUCACACCAGGGAAGAAGUAUGAGAUCUUCUAUAUGCUGUACUUCAAGAACCCACCGGCGUUUGAGCCCAGGUUCUCGGUGACGCUCCAACUGCCCAAAGGAAAACCCAUUGUGACCGAGCGUCCCUUGAAGAUCGGACCGGAGGGCAGGGCAGUGGUGGAGGGUGGAGAGUUUGUGGCUUCUGCUGAUGGCCAGGUCAAGUUCAGUUUAGCCAACCCUGAUCACCUGGAGUGGAAGAAAGGGCUCACCAUUGUAGGGGUCUCCAUUAGGAAAUCUCGGCUUGACGCUGUUGUUUGACCACCCAGAGACUGUUUGAAUAUCCGAAUCUAUCGUGCUUCUGAACGGCUUUUGCCAUUAUAUAUGUAUGCUUGUGAAAUAAAGUGAAGGGUCAGUCUUCCUUCUUAUAUAUGUUUGUAAUAUUGUUCCGUGGCUGUUACUUUUCAUGGUCCAAAUAAAGUAUGUACCUUCUAACUAAA